UCCAAUUGAGGUCUUAUUAGACACUGUUGUCGUCGUCCUUCUUCCCGGAUCAUCGCCAACUCUUUGUUACAAAGAAGAAUCACUAGGGUUUAUUCACAUGUACCUUUGAUCCACCAUUGUUGUACGAUUUCUGUCUUUUGAUCUUUUAGUAGACUCAGUAAGAUCAAGGUAUUCUUCAUGAAAAAUAGGGUUUUAUUUCUUUUACUCGUCUUUUCCAUAUCAUUCAUUUUCAUCCAUGGAGAGGAAGCAAAAACUAACAAGUUUCGCGAACGUGAGGCCACUGAUGAUGAUUUAGGUUAUCCCAACUUCAAUGAGGAUGAAUUGUUAAAUAAACAAUGCCCUCAGAAUUUGGAACUAAGAUGGCAGACAGAAGUUAGUUCUAGCAUAUAUGCAACACCAUUGAUUGCUGACGUUAACAGUGAUGGCAAGCUUGAUGUUGUUGUUCCAUCUUUUGUUCACUACCUCGAAGUCCUAGAAGGUUCUGAUGGAGACAAAAUGCCAGGAUGGCCUGCUUUUCAUCAGUCCACUGUUCAUGCCAGUCCACUCUUAUAUGAUAUAGACAAGGACGGUGUGAGAGAAAUAGCUUUGGCUACAUACAAUGGCGAGGUGCUCUUCUUCCGCACUUCAGGUUAUAUGAUGUCAGAUAAAUUAGAGGUUCCAAGGCUAAAAGCUAAAAGGGAUUGGUAUGUGGGGUUGCUUCCAGAUCCAGUGGACCACUCACAUCCAGAUGUUCAUGACGAUCUACUCAUUAAGGAGGCUGUUAUGCACUCCAUGCCUCCCCCCGGAGAAGCCAACCAUACAUCUGACGUGGAGGAGAAUAAGGGGAAAGAGAAUGAAAUGCAGCUGAAAUCUGAACCGCCAAAGAAUACAAGGAAUACUUCUUUUGAGGAACAUGUCAGAAAUCCACAGAAUGAGAGUGAUGCAAGUACAAAUGCAUUGGAGAAAGGCAGCAGUGAUGCACAAAAUAAAACUAGUGUACAUAUCGAGUUGCCAAAGGACGUACUUAAUAUCUCAUCAAAUGCUGCACCGAAUAAUGUAGAAGGUACACCUAGUGAAACGAAGAGUGGAAGACGACUUCUUGAAGAAAAAUCAGAGGACGCUUUACAUACUAAUAUCAAUAAUCCCAAGGAUGUUCCUGUGGCAACCGUGGAAAAUGAUGAAGGCCUGGAGGCUGAUGCUGAUUCGUCUUUUGAGUUAUUCCGUGACAAUGAGGAGCUGGCGGAUGAGUAUAACUAUGACUAUGAUGAUUAUGUUGAUGAAACAAUGUGGGGGGAUGAGGAGUGGACUGAAGCACAGCAUGAGACAUCUCAAAACUAUGUGCAUGUUGAUUCACACAUUUUGUGCACUCCUGUGAUAGCUGACAUUGAUCAGGAUGGGAUUUCGGAGAUGAUUGUUGCAGUGUCAUACUUCUUUGACCAUGAGUACUAUGAUAACCCAGAGCGAGUUAAGGAGCUUGGUGGUAUUGACAUUGGAAAAUAUGUUGGUGGUGGUAUUGUUGUUUUUAACCUUGAAACCAAACAAGUUAAGUGGACUGCAGCAUUGGAUCUAAGUACAGAUACCGGGAAGUUUCGUGCCUAUAUAUAUUCCUCUCCGACGGUGGUUGAUUUGGAUGGUGAUGGAUACCUAGACAUCCUUGUUGGAACUUCUUAUGGCUUAUUCUAUGUCCUGGAUCAUAAAGGCAAGGUAAGGGAGAAGUUUCCUCUUGAGAUGGCUGAAAUUCAGGGAGCCGUAGUAGCUGCUGAUAUUAAUGAUGACGGGAAGAUUGAAUUGGUUACAACUGACACCCAUGGAAAUGUUGCUGCAUGGACUCCAAAUGGUGUGGAAAUUUGGGAAGCCCAUCUUAAGAGCUUAAUUCCUCAGGGUGUUAGUGUCGGCGAUGUGGACGGAGAUGGACACACUGAUGUGGUGGUUCCAACUAUAUCAGGAAAUAUUUAUGUUCUCAGUGGAAAGGAUGGGUCAUUUGUACGUCCAUACCCGUAUAGAACUCAUGGCAGAGUCAUGAAUCAAGUCCUCCUGGUUGAUUUGGCUAAGCGCAGAGAAAAGAAGAAAGGACUUACCAUCGUGACAACAUCGUUUGAUGGCUAUUUGUAUCUCAUUGAUGGGCCAACAUCUUGUGCUGAUGUUGUGGAUAUUGGCGAAACAUCUUAUAGCAUGGUCUUGGCGGACAAUGUAGAUGGUGGAGAUGAUCUUGAUCUUGUUGUGACAACCAUGAAUGGCAAUGUCUUAUGUUUUUCGACCCCUGCUCCACAUCAUCCUCUCAAGGCAUGGAGAUCGCAUAAUCAAGGACGAAACAAUGUUGCAGCUCGUGUAAACCGUGAAGGGGUCUAUGUUACACCUUCAUCCAGAGCAUUCCGCGAUGAAGAAGGCAAGCAUUUUUGGGUCGAAAUAGAUAUUGUAGAUAAACACAGGGUACCAUCUGGCUCUCAAGGCCCUUACAAUGUCACGACAUCAUUGUUGGUUCCUGGGAAUUACCAGGGGGAGAGAACAAUCAAGAGGAACCAAGUGUUUGAUAAGCCGGGAAAAUAUAGGAUAAAGCUGCCAACAGUAGGAGUAAGGACAACGGGAACAGUGGUGGUGGAGAUGACAGACAAGAACAAAUUACAGUUUUCUGAUGAGUUCUCCUUAACCUUUCAUAUGCAUUACUACAAAUUACUAAAAUGGCUUCUCGUGCUUCCCAUGAUGGGUAUGUUUGCUGUGCUCGUAAUCCUGCGUCCACAGGAAUCCGUGCCAUUGCCGUCAUUCUCACGCAACACAGAGUUGUGAUAGACAAAAACAAGAUAUAUAGAUGGUUUGUUGUUUUUGUGUUGACAUUAUCUUAUAAAAUGGGGUAAUGUUUGAUGGAGUUUUUGACUUGGAAGACUUCUUUUUGUUUCAUAUAGAUAGAUAUAUGUGAUUUCAGUUUGCUGCUAAUGAGAGGAGAGACUUUCUUUAAAGGAAGUUAGUAUUUAUUCAGACACUUUUGUUUACCAUUCAUGGCUAAAACUUCAUUCCCUCUAAUCUUUUAAAGCAAA